AUGUCGGCCAAGUCAAUCUACGAAGCAGAUGGUAAAGCCAUCCUUAACUACCACCUCACUCGCGCCCCGGUAAUCAAGCCCUCCCCCCUCCCUGCUCCCUCCAGCCACAACCCACCUCCAAAGCUCGCGUCUCUCCACUUCGACGAAGACAGCUCGGUUGAAGCUGUUCUUGCCCAAGCCGAGUCAACCUAUCCCUGGUUGCUUGUCAAGGGCGCCAAAUUUGUCGCCAAGCCAGAUCAACUCAUCAAGAGACGAGGAAAGAGCGGGCUUUUGGCCCUGAACAAGACCUGGGAGGAGGCGAGGCAAUGGAUUGCGGACCGUGCAGGAAAACCACAGCAAGUUGAGACCGUGGAGGGUGUUCUACGACAUUUCCUUGUAGAGCCGUUCGUUCCUCACCCACAAGAAACUGAAUAUUACAUCAACAUCAACUCCGUUCGUGAGGGUGAUUGGAUCUUGUUUACACACGAGGGUGGUGUCGAUGUUGGAGAUGUGGAUGCCAAAGCAGAAAAGCUUUUAGUCCCCGUCAACCUUAAGAAUUAUCCUUCAAACGAAGACAUCGCCGCCAAAUUACUGAGCAAGAUUCCAAAGGGCCUACAUAAUGUUUUGGUUGAUUUCAUCACACGUCUCUAUGCUGUCUAUGUCGACUGCCAAUUCACAUACCUAGAGAUCAACCCUCUUGUUGUGAUACCCAACGCCGACAAAACUUCUGCUGAUGUCCACUUCCUCGAUCUAGCAGCCAAACUUGACCAGACAGCAGAAUUCGAGUGUGGAACAAAGUGGGCCAUUGCUCGAAGCCCUGCAGCUUUGGGAAUUCGUGCAGCACCAAGUGCGGGCGACAAGGUCACUAUUGAUGCAGGCCCACCAAUGGAUUUCCCCGCUCCUUUCGGUCGCGAAUUAAGCAAGGAAGAGAAAUUCAUUGCUGAUAUGGACGCCAAAACCGGAGCUUCUCUUAAACUCACUGUUCUUAACUCGACGGGCCGCAUUUGGACUCUUGUCGCUGGUGGUGGUGCCUCCGUCGUUUACGCUGACGCCAUCGCCUCUGCCGGUUUCGUCAGCGAACUCGCCAACUAUGGUGAAUACUCUGGUGCUCCUACCGAGACCCAGACCUACAACUACGCUCGUACCGUUCUCGACUUGAUGCUUCGCGCUCCAAUGCAUCCAGACGGAAAGGUCCUCUUCAUUGGUGGCGGUAUCGCCAACUUCACCAAUGUCGCCACUACUUUCAAAGGUGUUAUUCGUGCCCUAAGGGAAGUCGCACCGGUCCUUAACGAACAUAAGACCCAAAUCUGGGUCCGCCGUGCAGGUCCCAACUACCAAGAGGGGUUGAAGAAUAUUAAGGCGGUUGGGGAGGAACUUCAACUUAACAUGCAUGUUUUCGGGCCCGAGAUGCACGUCAGUGGCAUUGUGCCUCUGGCCUUGAGUGGAAAGACCACUGAUGUUAAGGAAUUCGGCGAAGCGUAA